AUGAAUGGCGACUCUGAGGGCGACGGCGAAGAUGCGUUGGCGUUUCGCCGGAACCGCGGUCGCUCCGGUCGAAGACUCUCUCCAGCCAUAAGGGCAGAUCUAGAGCAGAUCACAGCUCCUGCGCGCCAACGUCCAUACAUUCCACGCUCGGUGGACCGUUCGCGAGACACGCAAGCUCCAGUCAUCGAAGUCUCCUCGGAUCCUCCGGUACGGGAGGUCGUGAAUCUUGUCUCUGAUGAUGGUCCCUCGGCACCCAUAGAACUUUCGUCUGAUUCACACCAAGGCGACUCGCCCAUCCUUCUAGAAGAUCGGAAUGGCUUCGAUCAUCCAGAAAACGACAUCAUAUCUUGGAACAGCCCUCCCCCUAUCCAGUCGACCAGCCCAGGAACAGAUCAGCAUGAGAACUUACAUGCCCAGAACGUAUGGAGCGGGCCAGUGCACGACCAAGCCUCCUGGAAAAGCCCUGUACACGAUCGACCCACGAGACCACAAGACUAUCAGCCCGAGAACAUGCUCAGCUCUCCGGGAUCAUCGUCUCUCUCAGAUAUCUCAACCGACAGUAGGGUCGGCCAACAGAUUGCUACUCCAUUACCUAGCAGCUACAGACUCCGUUCUCGUAGGGAGACACAGCUGAAGCCAUUCAGCUCCUAUGCGAAGAAAGAGCGCGCGCUCUUCGGUACUCGGGUCGUCGCCAUAGGCGACAAGACUGAAGAGAUACCAAUCGACAGCGACGGCAGCUCGGACGAACAAGAGACAGAACAGUCGAACUUACACUCAGAGCCCCACUCCAGCUUUGAAUCCGACGAGGAUAUGGAAGACGAAGCGACGGACCUGAGCUCAGAAGUUUCCGAUCUCUCCGAGCUCAACACCUUCCAUUACGCACGACCCGAGGACCGUCGUGGAGAGGAUGACGAUGACACUGAUGACCCGACAAUUCUAGGGAACGAUGAGGAGGAGCUUUGGCUGGCUCGAAGCAAUCCUGUUGAAGAGUGGAUCGAGCGAGAUGUUCUGGACUAUCUGAACAAUCAACAAGACUCAGGAGUAGAGGGCAAGGAGAGCUCCGAGGAUGGUGCGUACGGUAGCAAGACGUCCUUCACCCACGGGCAAAGCCCGGCAAUUUGGGACCGACCUAUUGCCUCUUCCAGCAAAGGACCAAUGAUCCCAUGGCCAGAGCAGCAAGCCACCAGCGAAGGCCCAGACCUGCAUGGCGAAGAUCCGGAUGAGCAUUUGCCACUUCAUCUUGCUCAUACCCCGUCUCCCUGGCCUACUAACCUGUCCGGCUCCAACGACCCUAGGGAUAAACUCCGCCGCGCCAAAGCGCUUCGCACCUCCCCUGCCGCCCUAUCGAAGGCAUGUGAAGACCAACCGCCUAUAUUACUAAUGAGCCUGUCCGAGAACCGACUUAGCGUCGAAUGUGUCGACUGUCCUAUCUUUGCAAACAUCGUACGGGUCAUUCCAAAGGUUGUCGCCGACAAGCAAAAUACAAACACAUACGCUUCAUAUGCUCUCCAGCUUUUGAAGAUGUUUGGGACCGGACAGAUGUACUGUGGAGAGGCCCUGGUCGGUGGCAAACGUAUGCUGCAACAUUGUCAGGAGCUCAGCCGCCCGGUCAACCACCAGUGCCUAUUCUAUUACAUCGCCACACGACAAAACAGAAAGACUACAUUUGUAUCCAUGGGCAUCGACGACCGCAUUAUCACAGCCCUUUGCUCAAGCUACCCUGUCAACGUGAUCGACGGCCUGGCGAAAUUGAUCGAGCAUUACCUACAGUGCUUGUUUCAGCUACUGCCGGCAAAAAUGCUACGAAUGUGGCUGCCCAACGAGGUACCACUACGUCCGGAGAUUGGGUUGAACGUCCAGCCACCAAUUGGCCCACUCGGUGCUCCUUCUGCAGUCUUCCAUACACAGGCGUCAACGGACCCCGAGGUCAGGAGCUACUACGACGACAAGACGAAGGCCAAAGAGCACAAGCGCCCAGCACCACAGGCAUCUCAUUCUCGGAUGUAUUUCUGGAACGGGGAGCUUUGUCGAAGGGCGGACUUCACGACGAUCGGUCUAUCCACCGAGGAGACGAAGGACAUGAACAUACGACUGGAGAAGCAGUCGGAGUUGAAGGGUAGCAGCGAGGCACGCACAAAGGCCAAUGCGAAUCGAAAGGAACGUGACAAGAGGCGCAAUCUUUUGGGUCUGUCAUCCAAGAACUUCACGAAGCGUUUGGGUUGGGAUGCUACUCUGGGCAAGCAUUAUAUACUUCCUGAUGAUGCAUGA